ACGCCUGCGGAGACCAAGAUUUCUGCACCUAUCAAUGUCAUUGUGGUGGUUAUUGUCUUAAAGGUGAUGGACUGUGUCCUCCUAACGUCCAGUGUGAUAAAGGCUGGUUUGGACUUCGAUGCCAAUAUAAAGAUUUGGUGAACGCAUUGGAUGUAAAUCUCACUACCGUACCAGAGAGAUCAAACAUACAGUGGCUUACAGACGGAAAUGAUAGAACUUGCAACGACAACAUACAACUAAAAUUAGUCAAAGUAAAUUGGAAACAAACACUAUCCGUUCCUUUAACCUGGAUAAGGAUAGUCGUAUCGGACCCAGCAUCUCUUUUAUAUCUGGAGCUUCAAGUCGUCAAAGAAGGGGAGAGCAACAUAUCAAAUUGUAACAACGUCAGCUGGUCAUUGAGAGACAACAUGACGAUGGACAUACGAUGUCAUGAGAACAUUCAGAUCAGCGCGCUGGUUUUAGGUGGAAAUCUAACAUCUAUAUGCUCCAUGUAUAUUAAUGGAGGAAGGAAUGUAGCGUACAGACAGAAUGCUACACAAUCAUCAAACUUUUCUCUUCAUAAUCUCGCCAGUGCUGCUGUUGAUGGAAAUACAGACACCAACUUUGAUGGCAAUAGCUGCAGUCAUACAAAGACUGAGGCGUCACCUACGUGGAACGUAAGUUUGCAGAGUAAUUACGUCAUCAGCAGAUUGGCUAUUUUUAACAGAGGUGACUCUAAUUCCCAACGACUCGAUGGUUUUCUUGUUCGAACCUUUGAUAAGGACAACAAUGUUAUAGGAUUCUACAAAAACAGAACUAUGAGUUCUCAAAGAAUCUACUACAUCAAUCUAAAUGGGAGCGUGAAUCUUCCAGUGAACCUAUUAUCUAUAAGCCUGGAAGGCACAGACAGAAUAUUAACUCUGUGUGAAGUGGAGGCUUAUGGAGAAUGUCCUGCAAGUUUUUGGAGUCUACCUUGUAGUCAGCAAUGUCCUACCUCGUGUCCUUACGAUUGUGAUAGAGACACUGGAGAGUGUAACUCUAUAUGUAUUGAACACAGCAACCCACCGCAUUGUGAUGCAGCCUGCAGGAUUGGUGAGUGGGGCAUAAACUGUGGCAAUAAUUGCAGUAGCAGAUGCGCCGAAGUCUCGUGUGACGUUAAAACUGGACAGUGUGACCAGGGAUGCCAAGGAUACAGUGACCCACCUUAUUGUGAAACUGAAUGCAUGACAAGAAUCUAUGGAACAAAUUGUACCUCCAAUUGCUCCUCUGCUUGUUUGUAUGGUGAAUGUGAUCCUCGCACCGGCCACUGUUACAAUUGUUUUCCUGGUUUUCAUGGUUACUUCUGUGAAAGGAAAAUUUUCAAUGUCGAGCUGAUCAGUUUUGGAAUGGGAUACGCAGCUUGCAGCGGACUUACCAUUGUUGUUAUUUUAGCCUUAGCUCUGAGUAGGACCAUCGUUUGCCAAUGUAAUGCAAGGUCAAGGCUAGAGCCUGUUCAACAUCAUACUGACCUCCAACAGGACAUAUGUCACGAUACUGAUCAAAGGGAGAUAACAGAAUAUGACGAUGCCAUAAGUGAACCAAAAUACUGCAACUACACAAGAUCAAAUGUACCAGAGAUAAAUAUUCAUGAAUAUGAAACUAUUACCUAA